UCUCUCUCUCUCUCUCUCUCUCUCUGUAAAUAUGUACUAUAUUUAUAUAUAUCUAGUUGUACUUGAUGCAAUGGUGGUGUUGGGCUGCCAGAGAAGGUUUUGGAGUAUGUAAGGGGGCCAUCUUCACGACGAGUGAAAGACAAGGAUUGAUUGUUAGGUUUUUGAUCUCCUCUUUACCUGUCUGAUUAGGAAUGGUUGAAAAGGUGCAUUGCCAUGGAGUCCAAGGGUGAUUGAUUGCGAUUGACAAACAAGAAAUCACGAGACAGCGACAUCUUAUACUGCCAGGAACAGGAAAACGAACUCAAAGAAUUAGAAGAAGAAGAAGUUGCCUUUGGAUCGUCGGAUACUCAACCAUGUCUGAUCCAUUCGCAAUUUGCUUGAUCUUCAUACAUAAGUUACGUAGGAAAUUCAUUCGGAAACUCAACGCCUUGAGAAGCAACCUCAACCACCGAGGUAACAGGAGAAAACAACAAUCCAAGAUGAUGAUGUCCGAUCUCACUUCCCCAACCUCGUCUUUCUCCUCCAUGGAAGUAACCAACCAGCUCAAACAAGUCUUCAAAUUCCUCGACGCAAACGGCGACGGGAAGAUAUCACCUCUGGAGGUAAGGGAAGUGCUCUUGAGAUUGGGACAGGACAAGUUGGUGGCCGAAAAAGAGGCAGAACGAAUGGUGAUGGAAAUGGACAGAGACGGGGACGGGCUUGUGGACAUAGACGAGUUUAUGGAUGUUGUGAACCUUGACGACAAAGCCGGCGGUGGGGGCUUUGGCAAAGAAUUUGGUGGUGGUGGUGGUGAUGAACUAAUGGAUGCUUUUAUGAUAUUCGAUAGGGACAAGAAUGGGUUUAUAUCGGCCAAGGAAUUGCAGAGGGUUCUGGUUAGCCUUGGAUGUGGUAAUUGCAGCCUUAGAGAGUGUAGAGAAAUGAUAAGAGGGGUUGAUAGGGAUGGUAAUGGGUUGGUGGAUUUCGAUGAGUUUCGAUCGAUGAUGAGUAUUGGUUUUCUCCUGUAGACGAGGAUAUCCAAA